UGGAGCGGUCGUGGCGACCGCCGCUGGACGGGGUGAGGGGCGUUGGAGAGCAGCAAAUGCCAGGCUGAAAUCUGCACGCGCGCGCGCACACACACACACGCGCGCGGCCACGUCCGUGCCCGCGCGCCGCCUUCUCCAGUUGGCCCAAACUUUUCUUGCUCCUGGCUUAAGGGGUGCUUGGGAGGGUGCCGCGCCCUCCCUCUCUGGCUGGCUUUCCUUGGGAUUUAACGGAAGGGGGUGGAGACCCCGCGGUCAUCAGGCGGGCAAGGGCUAGCCCCGGUCACCCCACUGGCGAGGAUGGCCCGAAUUUUCUUCUUCUGGGGCAAAAAGUAUCGCAAGGAAAUUUUGGGUUAAAAAGGGUGAGAAUGAGUAAAAGUGCAGAAUGCUUCCAUGGAGCAGCACUAAGUCUACAGUGCCCUCAUUGAGGAAGUCUGGCUUUUAGGCACCUCUCGUGGUAAUCCAUGGUUUGUUUAACUGGGUUUGCUGAAUACACCACCAUUUAGAUAGCAUGCUAACCCUAAGAGAGUUUGCAGAUCAGUCUGUAGGCUGGCUCCAAAUCAAGCACAAGUAUCAGGUGGGGUGAUUUGCAAAUACCAUUUGUGCAUCAGUGUGGUCUGACUGGCCUUUUUGUCUUCCUAUCUGAAAUAUGUGAAUUGGCUCACUUACUUGAGCUGCCUAGGCUAGCUUUCCACCAGAGAACUUUGCAAUGGCAGCUGGGAUCUUCUUAAUGGCUGCCCUAUAUAGAUAUUUCUGUACUGCGGAGGAAACUAGCUGGGGGGUGGGAGGAAAUUGAUAUAUACAUGCCAAAAUAAUAAAUAAACAUAGCAAUGGUUUCUGUUCAUAAUGUUUCACAUUCAGUUCCUGCUUCCUCUGGUUCAACAGGAGUCGGGAAAACUAUCUUCCUCUUUGAUAGAUUUUUAUCCUCUUUUCUCCGAAAGCUCGAGAUUGCCUUUUGUAUCGCCACAACAUCCUUGUGAGGUUGCAGUCGCAUGUUCAUUAAUCUAAAAGUAAAUCCAGCUGCCCUUGAUAGGGUGGAAAGACGAAUCCUAAUUGGGAACUGCAGCAUCACGCUUUCGGGAAUCUGCAAAAGAACGUCGAAUGGAGUCCAGCACAAAUGCCACCCAGUCUUUCUGGGACUCUGAAUUGGGGCUGCUGCGUGUGAUAAUCAAGGAGGAAGAUGACAGUGGAGAGGCCAGCCCAUCAGAGGAUUGGACGGUAAGAUCCACCCCAGCGGAUGGUUUCUUCCCCGAAAACUUCACUUCAGAGCAUCAGCUGAAACGUUCACCAGGAAGUUCGCAAGAUAAUGUUUUCCCUCCAGUGGAAGUGGCAGGAAACAUCUGCAAGACCAUUAAGGAGGAACCCACGGAGGUGUCUGUAACAAGACUCGAGCAUCCAAAUACAGAAGGGGCGUGUGCCAAUAAGUGUUCCCUGUGUGGAAAGAGCUUCAGUUGCAAGUCUGACCUUACCAGACAUCAGAGAACUCACACGGGCGAGAAGCCCUUCCGAUGUUUCGAGUGUGGGAAGAGCUUCAGCCGCGGGGAUUAUCUGAUUUUGCAUCAAAAACUUCACCGAGGGGAGAGGCCGUACAAGUGCUCCGAGUGCGGGAAGGGCUUCUAUCGAAGCACCCGGCUGAUUUCCCAUAAAAAGGUCCACCUCGCCCAGAAACUGUACAAGUGCUUCAGUUGCGGCAAGAGCUUCGGGGACCAGGCCAAGCUCGCCCAACACAAGCAGGCCAAGCACACGAACGAGAGGCCGCAUACCUGUGCCGAGUGCGGAAAGAGCUUCCGCCGGAGCACGCACCUUACGAGGCACCAGAAGAUUCACACCCGCAAAGCCCGGUAUCGGUGUCUACAGUGUGACAAGACCUUCACUUGCCGCAAGCAUCUUCUUUCUCAUGAAAGGGUUCACACGGGAGAGAAACCGUAUAAAUGCCUGGACUGUGGAAAGAGGUUCAGCUUCAGCGGGAAUCUCGCCUCGCACCUGAGAAUGCACACGGGGGAGAAGCCAUAUUUAUGCCUCGAGUGUGGGAAGAGUUUCAGCCGGAGCGCACACCUCACUUUGCAUCAGAGGACCCACACAGGGGAAAAGCCAUACACCUGCUUGGAGUGCGGGAGAGCGUUCAGCCAGAGCAGCAACCUGACCUCGCAUCAGCGCAUCCACACCGGGGAGAAGCCGUACGAGUGUCCCGUGUGUGGGAAACAGUUCUCGCGCGGCGACUCUCUCGUCUCUCAUCAGAGAAUCCACGCGGCAGAGAUCAUCUGACAGAUCCGGGGUUUAAAAAGCUUUUGGCGCAGUGAGAAAAAAGGGAAAAAGAAGAAAGCUGACCCUUGCUUUGUGUCAAAGAAUAGGUUUGCUUUAGAAACUUCUUCAUUGUUACAUACGUGGAGAAACAAAACGAGAAGAAAAUUGUCAAGGAAUAGUGUACUAUAUUUCAUAGAGGUACCUACGAACUAAGCAGCGCCCUACUGGACUGGACCCCUGGCCACUCUAUCAUGUUGCAACAUGGGAUCUUAACAACCUGCUGUCUGUUGAAAGAGUUUGAAAUAUUAUAAGAACUGCUGGAUCGGACUCUGGCCCAACUAGUCUGGCAGUCUCUUCUCCCAGUGACCCACCAACCGCCCAGAGAGGCCCACCGGUCUCCCAGCAGAUGGCCUUCAGAGGCAGACACCCUCCCAUCAAGGCUAAUAGUCAUGGAUCCACAAUGGCUAAGUAGGAGAUUCUCUUAUGUCCCAAAUCUUUUCAAACCCAGAGAGGUUCCAUAGUUGCAUAUUCGGGUUUUGGGGUUUUUUUGGUGGGUAAUUCAGAAUCUUUUGUUGGUUGUAAGAGGGGGCAAACUGUAUUUUUCGUCUCUUCCUGCAAGGUUAUAGGUCAUAUAUUUAUGGCAAAGGAUGAGACUGAGUCAUCGGCCAGAAGCCACUUUGCAGCCCCUGGGGAUUAAAAAACAAACACCCCAAUGUUACGAAGUCUGAAGUUGGAGCAAUGCAUGUUAAAAGAAGAGGCUUUAACUAAGAGUUGGUUUGUUCUUAUGGGGAGUUCUGUCGGUGAUAACUUGAAAAGUCCUUCUAAUGACCUUGAAGGAAGAUUCCAGACAUAGUUGCUGGAUUCUUGCUGAGAGCGAUGGAUGCCUUGAACUUGGUUCAAAACACAGAAUCAAUCAUUAUCUUUGUUGAUUACAUAUAUAUCUCACUGUCUUCCCAAGGAGACCAUAGCAAGAUACACAUUCCCCCCCGCUCCAUUCUAUUUUUUUAAAUCCCCCACAACAUCCCUAUCAGGGCAGGCUGGACAUGAGAAAGUGGCUGGCUGAAAGUCACUUGGGGAGCUUGUGUGGGUAAAUGGUUGUGAGAAUCCAUGUUUUCCUGACCCUACAGUGUUCUAAUAUUCAUGUCAAGCAAACCUUCAUUUGGUGUCCUUUACCCUCCUGGACAGAAAUGAAGGGAAUUUUAGUUGAAACCAUAGAGAUGAAAGGGACCUCAGUACAAGCUCCGUUGGGACAUAUCUGAUGAAUGACCAUCCAGCUUCUGAAGACCUCCAGUGAAGGAGACCUCACAAUUUCAUGGGGCAGCCUGUUCCACUGUCUGACAGGAGGCGGUGGCUGUGAUGCUGCAAGCCCAACUUAGGAGGGAAUGCUUCCUCUCUCCUAGAGGAGAAUGCCUCUUCUAAUAUGGCAUCACCAUUUGGUGCAUUCUGAUUUCUAACAUUUCAGUCUGCUUUCUAGCUUCCAAACAUUGGCAAACCUAUUCUGUUCAUCACUUUCCUCCAUGUCCUUCAUUUCAUUCAUUUACUCUCUUCCCUAGAGCUCAAGGCAGCAAACAUGGUUUUCUUCUUACCCCAAUUGUAAGACUGAGGUUGGAGGGAGGAAGCAGCUGUGAGCUUUAUGCUGGAUUUAAGAAUUGGACCUUGGAUCUUCCCCAAAGCAACAGUGCUCUAGCCCUCACACAAUCAAAUUUGUUCAGGAGCUAAGUGUUUCUUUAAGUAUGUUUCAUAAAACUGCUGUGAUCCCCCAAGAAUGUGAGUGGAUCCCAAGAGAAGGGACUUGGAGGGUUGAUUUUGGAUCAGUUUCAGUUUCACCAGUGCAAGAAAUAUCCUUGCCAUGACUGAUGAGGCAGACCUGAAAAACCAGGUUGGAGACAGAUCGUCAUGGACAAAAUCUAUGUGGUCGCUAAUGCCCGACAACAACUUGACGCACACAAUCAACCAACAUAUUGACUCCAAAAACUUUGUCUCUGCAUAUGAUUUCACAUUCAUCACAAGAAUGCUGUGUGCAUUUAGCAAUCUGUUUAUACCACAGUGUUCAGUGUUAUUCCACUACAGUGGUACCUCUAGUUACGAACUUAAUCCGUUCCGUGACUCUGGUUGCA